AUGGUGAUGAUGAUGUGUAUCAGGAAUCUUCAAAGGUUGGGAAGGUCUGCUGCUUUGAGAAAGGCAGCAGCUACUCCUAGUCUUACGGUGAGAUUUGUUUCAAGGACAUCUGUGUUAUUGGAUAGGUAUUCCAGGGGGUCUGGCUACCAAAGUAAUUCUAGAGGAGGAUCAGGCGGUAAUAAUUCCUAUAGAAGACCGUCCCGGGGUGGUUGGGAUAGGCCUAAUAGAUCCAGAUAUGAUAAGUGGGACAAGCACGAGGAAGAGUUUGAAUUUAAGAAUUCCAAGUUCACAGAGGUCAAAAAGCUGACGGCUGAGGAAAUGUCUGAGGAGAUUAGUAUUGAGAGUUUGAAAAAGGAAGGUUUGCUGCAUGAGCAGUUGUACGAUGCUGUCAAAAUGCAGAAUUUUGAAUCUCUGACACCAGUACAGCAGCGGACAAUCAAGCCUAUUUUGAUGACGUCAAAUGACGUUGUCGCUAGAGCCAAGACAGGUACUGGUAAAACUAUGGCAUUUUUGAUUCCAAUGUUCCAGCGUCUGUUUAUGACGCAAAAUGAAUAUUCAGACAAGGUUAAGUGUGUUGUGGUUGCACCAACAAGAGAUUUGGCUGAACAAAUUCAAUUUGAAGUCCUCAAGCUGCAGAAAGCCAAUAAAGCUUUGAGGAAAUUCUCCUCUAUUUGUCUAAUUGGGGGUACAAGUCUUGUUAAUUCAAUGCGUAGGAUGGACAGGCAUGCGCCAAGCAUAGUUAUUGCUACGCCAGGUAGACUGUUGGAUGUUAUGGGUAACAGUGGGGACAAGUACUUUAAUGCUGUUGAUUUUAAAGUUUUAGAUGAAGCAGAUACAUUGUUAGAUAUUGGGUUCAAGGCUGAUCUGCAAAGAAUUUCCAGCACGUUAAAUUCUCUAAAUCAGAAAGGAGCUGAGCAUAUCAGAACUCUGUUAUUUUCCGCGACUAUCAGUUCUAAUGUGCAGGAGUUGGCUAACAACAUCAUGAACGGAGACACUUGCCUAUUCAUUGAUACUGUUCACAAAGAUGAACCGGAAGCCCAUGAGAAGAUCACUCAAAAUUUGAUCGUCUCUGAGUCUUACGCACACAAUUUAGUUGCUCCAGUUGAAACCAUUGAGAAGCACUUGAAAAAAAGGAAAUUUAAAGCUAUUUUAUUCCUUCCAACUGUUAAAUCUGUUGAAUUUUAUGGUAACUUAUUGAAAAAGUUGUUUCGUUCAUUGCCCAUUUCCUUAUUCCAUGGAAAGGUUAGUCAACAGAGACGUAGUCGUCUUGUAAAAGAGUUCAAGGCAUCAAAACAUGGUCUCUUUAUUUGCACAGAUGUGGGUGCUCGUGGUAUGGAUUUCCCAGAAGUUGACCAUGUAUACCAGCUUGGUGUCCCAAGUGGACUAUCCAAUUAUGUCCACAGGAUUGGUAGAACAGCGAGAGGCGGCAGAGAGGGAGAAGCUACGAUAUUCCUAUGUAAGCAAGAGCUACCUUUUAUCAAUGAAUUAGAGCGCCAAAAAAACAUUCAGAUUGCCAAUCAGGAAGAGUAUACUCCUGAUUCAGCAAUUGAAGAAAAGUGUUACAGCGGGCUAUCCCAGCAAGAUUAUGAACUGGAGGAAUUUUUGAAAUCCUGUUUAUCUUUCUACAGAUCCGUAAUGCAAGAGUUCCGUUUGCGAGAUGAUAUCACCGCCUCUGUUGGUUCAGCCUACGGUAACAUUUUAGGUGGUUCAGAGAAAAUCAAAUUGGAUUCUAAUGUUAUCGCCAGAUAUGCUAACAUUAGAAACCGCAAGAUGAUCAAUGAAGUUUUUGAUCUUGGUGGAUCUCAAAGACAUCGUUCAAGCGAUCAGUUUGAUUACUUUGAAGAUUCGAAUUCUUCUAAAUCUUAUCAGAAAGGCAGUUAUGGAAGCAGAGGCCAUUUUGACAAUUAUCAGAGACGCAGUAACCUUAAAUACAGUGGUAAUCGGAAUAACUCGUCCAAUCCGAGUAUCGAUUACUAG